AAGAAGGAAAGAAGGAAAAAAACUCCGCCCUUUUCUGUACACUUAAAACCCUACCUAAUUCUUACAAGCCCUCCGAAUCUUCUCGCCUCCGGAUUUUUCGGCUCCCCUCUUUUUUUUUGGUGAAAAUCGGCUCCCCUCUUUCGAAUCCUUACGUACAUACAUGGUUAGCCAAGAAAGAUCCAUCUCUUCUCCGCUCUUUGGUUCAUCAGUCGAAGCAGAGCAAAGAAAGAAAAAGCGAACACAGCCGAAAGCUUCUCACUCUCCCGAUCAGUGCCUCUGAUGGGUAGAAAUCUAAUUCUGGUGCUCCGUGAGGAGCUCGAAAACCUCGACAAGGACCCGGACAGUCGCAGGGCCGCCAUGAAGGCUUUAGAAUCUUAUGUCAAGGAUCUGGACUCUAGAACCAUCCCCCUCUUUCUUGCUCAAAUCUGUGAAACCAAGGAGCCGGGCUCAUCCUUCGGCGAGUGCAGGGUAUCCCUGUUUGAGGUUCUUGCAAGGGUCCAUGGCCGCGGCAUGGUGCCACAUAUUGACAGCAUCAUGUCGAUGAUCAUACAGACAUUGCUUUCGAGCGCUGGAUCUUUCGCCCUCCAGCAGGCAUGCUCCAAAGUCGUUUCUGCAAUUGCUCGGUAUGGUAUCGAUCAUUCCAUGCCGGAUGAUGAGAAGAGGAGGAUUGUUUCCUCCCUCUGCAAGCCGCUCUCUGAUUGUCUGAUGGGUCCCCAGGAGAGUGUCGCCUCCGGGGUGGCUCUAUGCCUGAAGGCUUUUGUGGGGUCCGAUAACUGGCAGUUUGCAUCGGAUGAAUUGGUGAAUGAAGUCUGCCUAAAAGUUGCUGGGGCUCUUGAGGAGAAGCAGACUCAGACGAGUUCUCAUUUGUCAUUGGCUGUGGCUCUACUGAAGGACAAUGCUCUGAUAGUUGAGGCUUAUGCAAGGUCUCUCGUGAGAUCUGGCUUACAGAUUUUGUGUGCUGGUGUUAAAGAUAGCGAUUCUCGGGUAAGGUUAUCAGCCAUUCAGAUGAUUAAUAUCUUGAUGAAGUAUGUCGAUUCGAGGAGCAUUUUUUCAGAAAUUCCAAACAUUGUUGAUGUCAUGGGGAAAUGCCAGAGGGAUCAUAUGCUGAAUGUCAGAGGUGCAGCUUUCGAGGCAUUACAGACUGCUAAGACAAUAGCUGCAAAGAAAGGAUCUAGAUAUGAAGUCUCUCCUAAUCCAAUCAUUGGUUUAGAUUUUGAUAGGAGAAACAAUGGGGGAAAGUUAUGGGCAGCCAAAGAUCAUAUAGUCAAGAGGGGUGCUGGUUCUCCUGAAGUUCCCACGCCCGAGUCACAAACUGCUGUUUCUUUUGUUGAUUAUGAUGCUUUUGUGGAUUCAUUAUUCCCAGUUGAGCAAUCAUCUUGUGACUUUGUGUGUGCUAGACAUGACAAAAGAAGGUCGUGGAGUGGUGACUUUGGUGUGGUGGGCAGGACAUUGAAAGAUGGCUGCCUUUGCAAGGCUGGCUCCAGUCGUGGUAGUUCAGUAAUUCAUUUUGAGCAGUCUAAAAAUGGAGGGCUAAGUGAGACACACAAAGAGCACUCAGAGACAUUGUCUGAAGUUGCCCGGCCCAGCAUCACAUAUUUGGAAACAAGAGCCAUUACUCCCAGUCCUCAGGUAUCUAGACGAUAUCUUACUGCUGACGACAUAAAGGCAUGCUCAACUCCGCAUAAGAUUCUCCGUUCUCAUCAGAAUUCAGUAAAUCCCAGCUUGGAGGACCUUGAGCAAGAAUGUAGUAAGAUGUCAAUGAGCACAGCCUUAGGUGAGGUGCAGUGGAACCAUGCAAGGGCAGUAAGUGCGAAUGAUCUCUCACAGAAUUUGAACCGUGAGGUUAAAGGAAGAAGGAAUCAUGAAAGCAGGAGAGAGUUGGACAAUCAGCAGCAUAUCCUGGGUGCUGUCUUGGUGACAGAAACCACUGACUCGGCGUCGUCUGUGGGUGAUCAUCAUGCAGAUAGUGCUUGCAGAGACUUUUUCGGAUCAGAUUGUGAAGGCAGAAAUGAAAGUCGAAUGCCACGCAAAAGGAGUAUAUGUGGUAGAGCUGCUCUCCAUUUUAUCUGUUGCCUUUGCAUAAUUUUUCUUGCGGUUGUCUUAUCAGAGUGGUGGAUUGAUGAUGAUGAGCCUUCUUAUGUAGUUCCAACAUAAAUGCCAAGGCACGGUGGACUGACAAUGAUGAGAUUAUGUAGUUCCAUCGUAAUGCCCAGUCCUUGUUGACAUUUUUUGUUUUUGUUUCUGAUUUUGUUUUUCUUGCAAUUAAUGUUGUUGUGCAUAAUGCUGAGUUUUCUAAAAUUUUUCUAUGACAGUUUUGUAUUUUGACUGGCUAUAUACAUAAUAUGCUCUUACUAUAAUUAGAAUAGACUAUCAGCAAAAUGACUAGAGCUAAUGUGCAGUUUUUAGGUUACAGCUCUAAAGAAUCAGAGAUAUUUGUAUAUGGUUGCUGUUUUGGGGUUUCCCUGAGUUGUACA